CAAAGAUAUCCGGCAAGGACCCGGUGACAGCACGGAAUAAAGCGAACGGCUGUCGUCGAAAGAUGAAACGUGCCUAUCCGAUCACGAUCGACAGGGGCGUUGGUCCCAUCCAAAAGGAGCACCCAGAGCGCUGCCGGCGUGUACCCAGAAGAAGAAACGUCCGAUCGUGCACGGGCCUUGGGAUGGUUUUGCUGCUGGCUCUCGCGGCGGGKGCGCCAACCGCUUUUUCCUUUGUCUUCGACACGCUUUCGCCAUCACCUGCGGCCGUUGCUCCCGUACGAAUCAUCCGGAGACGAGAGGAAUCGUCUGCGACGAAAAAAGCAACCACGACGGAUAGGAGGGGGUCCCUGCUUUCCGCUCCGGGGAUGGCUGUGACACAAAGAUCAAUACACACGUCUCGGGGCGCAGGAAACCCAUUGUAUGCUUCGGCAACAAUCGAGAGCAGCGUCGAAGCCAUGGGGGACAAACCAAACAGCGUCGCGCAAAAGGAAGACGACGGUCGAAGCGAUGAGAUUGUGGCGGACAUCCUAGACUUCUUCCGGCAACACGGUUCGGAAAAAGGUGUGGGUGUCAAUGAACCACCGAGAAAGCGUGGAAACGUCCAACUCGUGGCCGGUUCUGGGAAAACCUACAUUGCCUGGAAAGUUAUGGAGGGCUUGCUGAUGCGAGAGAAAAGUAGGACCCGUUUGGUGGGUGGUGCCGUCCCCGAGCUACGAAUCGGUGUCUUCGUCACGCCCUUUCUGAACCUCAUCGAUCAGGCCUUGUCCAACCGGGAGGCACACCAGAUCUUAGAGAGCAGCAACAGCGACGACAACGAUUCUGUCGCCAUCGACACGAUGGUUGUCGCCAGCAAAACGGGCCGGGCGAACGAAAAGUGCAGCACGGAGGAGUCCGAGAUUCGAGGCUUUCUGACAUCGACAAGGGCUUCGAACGGAGAACACGCCGCCAGCAUCAAACUCUUGGCCUGCACCUAUAGCUCGCUGCACAAACUCGGAAGCGCGAUUCGGACCCUGCGGGAGGAGAGAAAUCGCACGGACGUACGGAUCGAUGUUUGCGUCUUCGACGAGGCGCACCGAAUGGAGGGAUUGACGAGGAGCAACAGCAAGCAGCACAGAAAACAACAAAACCCGAGAACCUCGCCACACGGAUCCUUUGCCUACGGGCUCUACGAUUCCAACAUCGACAUCCAAAACCGCCUCUUCAUGACGGGGACGCCGCACAAUUUUGCGCGGAACGCGACCGUUGUCCCGGUCUUGCCCACAAAACCCAGUCCGGAAGGAGAUCGAGUCUUUCUCAAGAAAUACGGCGCCGAAGCAAACGAAGAAGAAAGCAACGGAGAACACACAAAAGAGUCCCGGAUACGGAGCUUUUCCGACGAAACCCUGUUCGGUCCGUGUCUGGCAAGAAACACGUAUCGGGAGAGCGUCGAACAAAACAUCACGGUUCCGAUUGGCCUCUUUGGGGUGGACAUGGGGGUCUUUCAGGAAUACGACAACGACUUUGCGAAUGGAGCCAUCGGGGACGACAACGAGAAUUUCGGCGAACCGAAACCCGAAAAGGACUACUACCUGCCCCUCGCCAUCCAAUCCGCCUUUCAGAAACUCAACGUCUCGCACGCGGUGACCUUCCAUUCGACCAACCAACGCGCCAGAGAAUUUUUGUCUCUGGCAGAAGACGUCUUUGCCCGCAACAAUUUCGACAUUGAUCUCUUCAACAUGGACUGCAAGACACCGCCCGAAGAACGAAGGCUCAUCCUAAAGCAGGCGGCGGCAUCCCCCCGAUCCCUCAUUACAAACUGCAAACUCCUCUCGAUGGGUGUCGACGAGGCCUGGUUGGAUCUGGUGGUGAUUGCCGAUCCCGUCCGGAGCACCGUCGAUGGACGGCAGAUGAUAGGACGGGUCGGACGAAAAGCACCCGGAAAGACCAAGGGAUACGUCGUGGUUCCGGUGCCGGUGUUGGAAGGCGAUGGUUUGGAAGAAAAUCGAAGGAACAACCAUGCCUACCAGAGAUUCGUGACUACCUUUCACCACAUGGUCCACAUCGACGAAGAACUGCGCCAGGAGGUACUGAUAGCCGUUCAGACAAGUGAGGAACUUGGCCGGCCCCUGCACGAAUCCGAGUAUCCCUCGCGGAUCUUGGAGGCCUUCAACCUCCCAAUGUCGAUCCCGGCCGAGGUGAAGGACCAACUCAUGGACUGCGCAAUAGUUGCGUACAACAACAACGAUUACGGAGACGAUUCGUCGAAAACCUGGGAUCGAAUGGUCGAAUUUCUGCGAAUCUACAAGACACGAAACGGAGAUUGCAAUGUUCCACAAUCUUAUACAGAAGAGACCGGGGAAUGUCUCGGAAGCUGGCUGAAUGCACAGCGGCUGAACAUGAGACGGGGACUCCUCGACCCGCACCGUCGAAAUACAUUGACGGAACUCGGUGUAGUGUGGGAUACCAUAGGUCAAAAGUGGGAGGAUAUGUACACACUUCUGGCGCAGUACAAAGAACGAGAGGGCCACUGCAACGUUCCCAGAAACCACCAAGAAGGCCCAGAACAAAAUCUUGGAGCGUGGGUGAACCGACAACGAAUCGGCAAGAGAAAGGGAAAACUCGAUCCGGUGCACGAAGAUCGGCUGGCAAAACUCGGCAUUGUUUGGGAUGUCCUGGCGCAGCAAUGGGAUUCCAUGUACACACUUCUGUUGCAAUACAAAGAUCGAACUGGCAACUGCAACGUACCGUUCAAGCAUGAAGAAGAUGGAGAAAAGCUCGGAAUGUGGUUGAACACACAACGCCACAACAGGAAGAACGGAGACCUCGGCACGGAGAGGAUCCAAAAACUCGAGUCCGCUGGUGUAGUGUGGGACCCCUCGGGGCAACAAUGGGGGGAUAUGUACACACUCCUCCUGCAGUACAAGGAACGAACCGGAGAUUGCAAUGUUCCACUUUUACAUGAAGAAGACGGAAAGAAACUUGGGCAUUGGUUGAACAAGCAGCGGCGGGACAAGAAAACGGGAACACUCGCCAAGGAGAAGGUCGAUUUGCUGAGCGAGCACGGUGUCGUAUGGAAUCUGACGGCCCAGCAAUGGAAAGCAAUGUUCAAAUUGUUGGUGCAUUUUCGAGACCGAGAGGGACACUGCAACGUUCCACAGAUGCAUCGGGAAAAGGGAGAAAAACUUGGCACGUGGUUGGUAAACCAGCGAACAAGCAGGAGACUUGGUAAGCUCGAUGCGGAGUUGGAAACGAAACUGAUGAAGCUUGGGGUGGUGUGGGAUACCAACGCUCAGCAGUGGGACCAUAUGCACUCACUCCUUGUGCAAUAUCGAGAGCGAAAUGGGGACUGCAAUGUACGACGAAGCUACGAGGAAGGAGGGAAAAAACUCGGGAAUUGGGUCAACACACAGCGUUCCAACAAGAAACUUGGAAAACUCAGUAAAGAAAGAAUACAGCGUCUGGAGGACGCUGAAUUUCUGUGGACUAGCAACAAGGGACAAUGAUGAAAGAUUUGAUCGCCAAUCAAUAACCAAAUUUAUU